AUGCAGGCCCAAUUCCUUCAGUCGGAAGAGCGUCUGGCUGAUCUAAUUCGAACUAAUCGAGAACUGGAAGAAGUGCGCCAAAAACAGGCAAGCAAAAUUGUCGAGCUUCGUGAGGUGGUGGAAAAACAGGCGGCAGAACUGACAGAUCACCAACGCCGAUCGGCGGACUCCGUUCAACGGUUGACCGAGGAUGUUCAGUCUACAAGGAGAACGAUUGAACAACUCAGACGUUCAGAAAAAGAUCUGUUUGAAUUCCGAUCUCUGAUUGGACGAUUGCUUGGACUGGAUGUGGAUGCACUGACUGUGCCAAAUUACGAAAUUGUACAGAAAUUGGAAACAUUUAUCACCAAGUUGCAGCACAGUCACCAGCAUCAUCAUCUGAUGCCAACGGACCCCGAGUUUGGUGUGUUGAAUCGAUCCCCGUCAAAAAAUCUAACCAAUGGUCUCGAAUCGAGGGAUCGUGGAACGUAUCUGGCUGGACCGGGAGUAGCGAAGGCACGGUCAAAAGAAGGUACAUGUAUGUACAUUCUCUUUCGCUUUCAGUUGAAGUCCAAUUCGGUUCCAACUGCUUAA